UUCUUCCCUGAGCGCGUGGGUUGGAAACGGAAAGAAAGAGGGUUGCGUGUAACAAAGUCACUAGGGCCCCGCCCCUUUUGAGCGAGUGCCCCGCCCACAGUUCAACCCCCAGCGAAGGAAGAGCGCAUGCGCAGUGUUUGCGCGCGCUUUUCCUGCCCUCCAGCGAGGUUCGGCAGUCGGUAAGGCAGUUAGGAAUGGAAAGAAAAGCUGCUUCACAACAUUAAAAUUUCUUCAUACCCGCAGCGAGUUGUAUGAAUAUACCACCGAAGGGCUUCCUCAUGGCUGAAAAGCAGCCGGACAGUCACCAUUCUCCAGAGAACAGGCCGGUUCUGGUGUCGUCCGGUUCGUCUUCCACGCUCUCCACCGCUGCUGCUUCCGACCUGCAGCCCUUUUCUUUGGGCCGGGUGUCGUCCUCUGUAACAUCUCCAAGCAACCUUUCCUCUUACACGGUUCCUGUGCGCCUGGAUGUCCUCUAUUUCCUGCUCAACAGUGCUGCCAAGGCGCAGAAUGCCCUGCCAUCAAUACCUGUCUGUGGUGGACAAGGGACCUUCUCCACCUGCCCCUGUUCCUCUGCCCAACAUGCAGUGAGUUGCUCCACGUUCUGCCACCAUUCCACUUGCGGCGGUGCGCCAAGCUGUUCCAGCGGCCAGCAGCUUCCCAGUGGAGGGGCCCACCACCAUUUGGGACAGCUUCAGGGAGGUUAUCCUGGUCAAGGAGGCUUCAGCACUGGAGUCCCAGGAAGCCAAAAUACUGGAUACACUUGGCUCAAAGCCACUCACCAAAGUGAUGGGCAAAGCUGGCCCGGCUCCGGCUGGCCUGGCUCCAGCCAGCCCGGCUCCAGCCAGCCCAACUCGGCAGCCACCGGGACAAGCAGCCAAGCCACAGCGGGUUGGAAAGGGCACCAAAGAGAGGAAGGCGCAGGCCGUAAUAACAGGGGGAAUUGGCAAGGCAAGUGGUCCAAUAAAGGAAGGUCGUGGGGAGAUCGGAGGCAAGGCGGCAGUGAAUCGAGUUUCAGGAAGCCAGGGUCGCAGAACUGGGGAAGAGAAGGGUCCUCAUUUGGCUCAAACGCUGAUAGCGGUAGAAGGAACCAAGAAGGCAAUCGUCGGAAGAUGCCGUGGGAUGUCCCAGAGGCCAAACGACAUUCAGAUGAUGGCAGGGUCGGAUGGCAGAAGAACCAAGGCAAGCUAGAACCAACUAACCCCCUCAGUAAAGCUGUAGGUGCUGGUCCAGCCAAACCAGCAGUGCCUCAAGGGGGUGGAGAAGACUGGGAAACGGAUUAUGAGAGCGAGCAAGCAAGUUCUGCGGCUCAGGCCGUUGUUUGCUAUCCUGCCUUCCAGAAGAGCCAAGGGGACACUCCUAAAACCAGUGAGGAUUGGGAAAACGAAUGUGCCUCAUUUUCUAGUCCACCCAAAUCGAGGCCAAGCAUCUUUCCGCUUCUGGGAUUGCCAUCUAAAGAUCCUCGAACAUGCGCUACAAGGAAGGAGAGUUCUGGGUCUCAUGAAGACCAGAGCAAGAAUGGCGGGUUCGUCAGCUACCUCAAGAGCCUUCACUCUGACCCGCCAGGGAAGUCCAGCUCCGAAGGGUCAACCGAGCUGGUCAUCGACACAGACAUAGAGUCAUCCAAGCUCAGCGAGGUGGAGCAGUCCCCAAAGAAUGCAGCUGGAGAGGAGUCCAAAGCUUGGGAGUAGUCCAGGCUACAAUAUUGGAGGGAGGGCUCUUGGGGAAGGAUUAAGAAGAAGCGUUCCAGAGUGGAAGUAGUGGGGUGGUGGAGUGUCAAUGGAGUUUGUCCUAAGCUAUUUGGCUUAGUCAGAGAGAAGUAUGAGUAUCGAUUGAUACAACAAUGUGAACUGUUGACUGGACUUGUCUUUCUUUCUUUUUCACCAGUUUGCCCUGGAUGUAGGAUUCCACUUUGGGACCCAAGGAUAACAUUCAUGCCACUGCUAUUCUUUCGACAGUGGGGUGAAUGUUUCCAAUGGCAGCAGGGGAUCAAGUGGUAUCUAACUGUGUUUAGAGCCCAAGCACUUCACCCUGAACUGCCCUGGUAAACCAUGAAAAGGAAAAAGCACUAGGCGCAGUGUUUCUGUACAUCACACUCUCAAUUCAGGUUGCUUAAAAGCGAUUUCAAAUGGAGUGAAUUCUCAUGGUUUCUCUCCCCCUUUCAAAAAGCAAUCUGGAAAACUUAGUUCAUUUCUUUACUUGCCUUACCCUUCAUGAUGUUGAAGACCCCAUCUCAGCGUUAUGUCCUUCGCCAUUCAAAAUCUAGACCUCUAAAUGUUUUGUCCUUAAACUCCCAAAUCUUCCUCCCAGUGUGGCUAGUGUUCAGGGAUCAUGGGAGUUGCAGUCCAAAACAUCUGGACAAUUGAAAAGCUUCUUAGCUCCUUGGGAUGUGUGCAUGAAAGUAGGCCUUAAGAGAGAUGUAGUUUGGGGCUGAGAUUCCUACCACAGUGGAUGCUCCAGUCCUCCCAGUGGCCUCUUCGUCACAUUGUCAAAAUAAGACCACUGCUUAACUUGGCAAAUAGGCAGUGCAGUUCAUGGCAAAACCAUCGCUGUAACAACUGCCAUACUUCAUUGGUAGGACUCUACCAAAACACCUUGUUUGAAUCAAUCUGUGGCUUGCGCCACUGAUCCUGUUGCAAAGGAUUAAAACGUUGAUUCUCUUUGCUUUUAAAAAUAAGACGCAUUUUGAAAGUAAGCCUCUGUUCAGUUGAUAAAGAUGUUGGUGUCAGUCAGAUGUUAUGAUUGGCAAAUCCAGAACUGGAAAGUUCAGGAGGUGAGGCUGUAUGCAUAUAAAUCAUAUGGUGCAGAAACACUGUAUUAAUACCAUUUUAGACUCCAGAGUGGAGAAGAGUUGCAUAUUUUAACUCUUCUCCACAUGAAAACAGAAAUCUAAAAGAUCUUGACAAGUGCAUUCUAACUUGUAACUUCUUUCUAAUCUUUAAGAGAGUUUUAUUUUACAUAGGAGAGACAUUGAAAGAUGUCCCCUCCCCUGCAGUCCAGAAUGGGAUCAUCUCAUGGACUCCAAUUUGCACUGAAAGCAUAUGUAGAUCACCUGCAGGAUCUUAAGUUGUACUGCUGUCAGUCUACAUAGUAAAUCUAAAUGAAUGGAUUGACAAUUUAAGAACUGGUGGGGUGUUUAGGCUCUUUUAAAAUGCAGGGGUGGAUCCCUGUUGGAUCUUAGUGAACCUGAGUUGCCUUGAAGAUAAAUACUGCCUUGGGGAUUUGCACUUCAUAGUUAAAUUGUUGUUUUGAUAACCUCUGUUUCGUCAAGCCAAUAUGUCGAGAUGUCAUGGUUUUAUUUACGUACAUGAGGUUUACUUGUUCGUUACUUGCAAUAAACACUGCUUUAA